AAGAGUCAAGACAUGUACCCCAGGUAGCAGAUGCCCAAGUAACCAACAUUGGCAAGCUAAUUCACUUGCUGUAGCCAAUUAUAAUGCGGUUACACUAAUAAAUACCCUAGGCAAUUGCACAAUACAAUACAUAUAUGUACCUUAGCAGUGGAGGUUACAACUACCGAAAGCCCUAGAAGCCCUGGAAACCUUCAAUGUUUUAACAUCAACCAGGAUCUUUCAGCCUCAAGAUUCCAUUCCUGAACCGUUCGUUACGCGGAUGCUUACAUUGUUUCGUUUACCUGAUUUGUUCAUUUUGAUCAUUGCUUUGUCUUCACUUACCGUACUAUCCGCUAGUAUCAACCUCGACCCCACCAUGGCGAUGCGACGAGCCUCACCAUUGCUGUUCCCAGCCGCUGCCAAACACACUGCUACUGUCAUAUUUAUUCAUGGAUUAGGCGACAGCGGAUACGGUUGGGCCUCAGCAGUUGAGAACUGGAGGCGACGACAGAGACUGGAUGAAGUCAAGUUCGUCUUGCCUCAUGCCCCGGGCAUUCCCGUCACAGCUUCAGGCGGACAGUACAUGCCCGGAUGGUACGAUAUUUAUGCGCUAAGUGGGGACAUUCGAAAGAAUCAAGAUGAGAAGGGUGUCCUGCAAAGUAGAGACUACUUCUAUGAACUUAUCCAAGCCGAGAUUAAUGCCGGAAUACCUGCUAGCCGUAUCGUCCUCGGCGGCUUCUCUCAAGGUGGUGCCAUGUCUCUGUUCGCAGGCCUCACAGCAAAGGUCAAGCUUGCCGGCAUUGUCGCGCUUUCUGCCUACCUACCACUAGACAGCAAAUUUAGCGAAUUCGUCAAGGAGAACGAUCACAACCGUCAGACACCGGUUUUGAUGUGCCAUGGAGACGAAGAUCAAGUGGUGUCUUUCAACUUUGGCAAGACCACGUACGAGGGGCUUAAGAAAGAAGGCUUCGACGUCACAUUUAAAGUCUACCCGGAUAUGGGCCAUUCGGCUUGCAUAGAGGAGCUGGAUGAGGUUGAGGCUUUCCUAAGAUCACGACUACCGCCUCAAGCCGACAAGAAGUCAGAGUUAUAAGCCGCGUUAAGCGAAGUAUAGUGUUACUUGAACACCUAGGUAGACUACCAAUAAACAUAAAAUAGACACAUAAAGAUGGGCCAUUACCAUACUCAAAGGUUUGUAAGUGGACAUCAUUAACCGAUUUACAACGUAUGUGGUGGAUGUUCAUGCAGAAGAAACCAGAUAGAGGAGUUUGAAGGCGCAAAUCCGAACGAUGGGACGAGCCAUUUUUAUUAAAAUCGUAUCCUUUCGGACAAUAUGAUACAUGCCAGGUGCCUACCUAAUAAUAGAUAUCCUCUACAAAUUA